AGUUCUCUGGUUGUGGCAAAUGCUGGAGACUGCAGAGCUGUACUCUGUCGCCGUGGUAAAGCUAUUGAGAUGUCGAGGGAUCACAAACCAGUUUGUUUGAGGGAAAAAGAACGCAUUGAAGCUUCCGGAGGAUAUGUGGAUGACGGUUACCUGAAUGGACAACUCAAUGUGGCUCGUGCUUUAGGAGAUUGGCACCUGGAAGGACUAAAAUCAGUUGAUGGUGGUCCCCUUAGUGGAGAACCCGAACUUAUGAGCACCAGACUUACAGAAGAGGACGAGUUUCUCAUAAUAGGCUGUGAUGGUAUAUGGGAUGUCUUCAUGAGCCAAAAUGCUGUGGAUUUCGCUCGUCGAAGGCUCCAAGAACACAAUGAUCCAGUGAUGUGCAGCAAAGAUCUCGUUGACGAGGCUUUGAAAAGAAAGAGCGGGGACAAUCUAUCAGUGGUUGUGGUGUGUUUUAAGAAGCAGCCACCUCCUAACUUGGUUGCACCACGUGGAAGGGUACAUAGGAGCAUUUCUGCAGAAGGUUUGAAGGAGUUGCAGAGCUUCUUGGAUACCUUGAAAGAUUAAGACGAUAAAUCGUGGUCUUUUUGUUUUAUUUUCUUUUAGUUUUUCGGUUGUCGUAGGAUUUCUUUUCUUAGGUGUUAAAGAUCCCUCCUCCCUUCUUUUCCAUGUUCUUUUUCCUCCCUUUGUUGUUUCUCAUUCUUGUAGUUUAUGCUGAAAUGGUUAGAUAAUGGGAGAGAAUAACAAACCAACUGUAACAUAUGCGGCUCUGUUCUCUGAUUACCAACAUUUAUGUGUUUUAGGUGGUUCUGAACCUUCUUGGUAAUCUUGAUUUAUGCUAAUAUUUCCAUUAAGUUUCUCAUUGAA